GUUUUUGCUGUUUUUCUGAUUUAAGAAGAUAGUUUUUAAGGUACUUCUGGGAAAAAGAAAAAUAAUCUGCUUUUUUUUCUGAAGUAACGACAUACUUCAAAAUCUCUCACUCAGUGGUGGAAUGCAAAUACAUUUACUCAAGGAAUGUACUUAAGUACUUUACUUAAAUAUUCCAUGUUAUGCUACUUUAUACUUCUACUCCACUACAUUUUGGAAGUCAAUAAUGUACUUUUUACUGCACUACUUUUAUUUGGCAAAGUUACUUAGUUUGAAGUCUCAGAGUAUUAAUACAAAACUCAGCAGUAUAACAAAAUAAGCCGCACCUUUACCCACUGCAACAUUAAAAUGAUGAGCACAUUAAUGGAUCAAUAAUGAUGAUACAAUUACAAUAAUAUAACAAUAAUAAUAUUAUUCUGAAACAGGCCCCUCUGCAUAAUGAGUGCUUUUACUUUCGGUACUUGAAGUAUAUUUUGAUGCUAAUGUAACCCACAUAAAAUAGCACAAAAAAAAGUGAGUUUAUUUAGUAUUUUCUCCUUCUACACUAGCUAUUGUUGACCAGCAGAGGGCAGUGGUGGCGCUGCAGAGAGAGAGAUCAACAACAACAGCGCUUCUCGCUCGAGGGAGAGUAGAGUAAGAGCUCAGAAUGAUAGCAAGCUAACCAAAGUAAAUAAACCACACAGAGCAGAAAGUAUUAACUCAACAUACAAGUUAGUUUGAAGGUUCUUCUGAACGAAGUCUGUCCCAAAAUGGGUUACAAGGAGCCACUGGUCGAAGUUCUGCCGAGAAUUUAACUAAUUGUCCGGUUGUUUGUUCUUUUUUUUGCCCCCAAUGAUCUGUCGCUGGGUGGACAUUCAUCAGACUAGCAGAGGAUGAGCAGAGGAGCAUCUCACCAAUCAAGAGUCCUCAUUCACUCCACAUGUCUUCAUCACAUCGUACAGAUAAGCAAGACAUCACCACACUCCAUUUAUAGGGAACAUACACCCCGUGUGUGUGUGUGUGUGUGUGUGUGUGUGUGUGUGUGUGUGUGUGUGUGUGUGUGCGCGCGCGUGUGUGCGUGUGUGCGCUCUCACACAUGCACACACAGAGACAGACCUGAUAAAUGUGCAAUCUAUGAAAAUGUUAAGUCGCACUUGACAGAUCUUUGGUCGCAUGUGGUUCUCAUAAUUACUGAGAUAAUGAUCUCGUUGAUUCAGAAAUGGGGCACUUUUUUUUUCUCAAGUGAAUACAUUUUUGCGUCUGUAUGAAGCAGAGCUGAGGAAUGAGCUGCAGUCUGGUAACUCCACACCCUCAAAAUCUUUUUAAUUUGCAAACUUGUAGUCUUCAGCAUCAACUGACGCUGAAGUGAUGACUUGAGUAAAUUUAUCAGACUUCACUUUGCUCCCUCUGGAGACAAAGGACUACUUACAACUAUUUUCACAUAUGCAGUCGUCCUACACAGACCUGUAAACAGACUUUGUCAUCCACAGGUAUUUUUUUUUUACUGUUAUUUUUUUACUGUUAUCAGAUUUUUCCACCAGGUGUCCGUCUUUCCUCGAUCAGACACCUGACAACUUUCUCAGAGUGACUUUUUUCUCUCUUCUCUUUUUUGUCUAACUCAUGACGGCCUCCCCCCCACCCUCAAAUGCAGCUCAGAGUCAGUAUGUGAAGGCAGCUGAAAUUAGUCUGUCAGGAUCUUUUCUGGUCUCUGGGCUGAUCAUGGAUUUUUCUGUCUACCUCUCGACUCUGCUUUCCCUCCUCUCUCAGUGCACAGCUCAGUGGUGUUACCAGAGCCAGUACUCCUGUGACGACACAUGCAGAGACCCGAUCCACUGGGCAGCUCAGUUUCCCAGCUGCGGUGGAUUACGCCAAUCACCAAUUAACAUCGUCACCAGCAAAGUGCACGUCAACAGCGCCCUGCCACCCUUCAACUUCAUCGGCCACACCAACACAAUCAACGUCACAGUGGAAAACAAAGGACACUCGGCUCACUUUGCUCUACCGCAGUCGGUCCGACUGACAGGAGGAGCUCUGCCUGGUCACUACAGAGCCGCCCAAUUUCACUUCCACUGGGGAGGUAAUGGGAGGCCAGGAUCAGAGCACACCAUUGACGGAGAGAGGUACCCCAUGGAGCUGCAUAUUGUCCACAUCAAGGAGCCGUACGGCUCUCUGGCAGAGGCAGAACAUGACAUGGCGGGCAUCGCUCUGCUUGCCUUCCUGUUUGAGGAAACACCAGAUGAUCAUCCUCAUCUGGACGCAGUAAUAGCUGCUUUGGGCCGAGUACAGAACAAUGGCAGCAGCACUGUGAUCCCUAACGUUCAACUCAGCGACAUUAUCCCGCCAGCGAAGGACCUCCACAGUUACUACCGCUACGUGGGCUCCAUGACCACUCCAGGAUGUGAACAGGCGGUGGCCUGGACGGUGUUUCACAGGACCCUGCCCAUCAGCAGCCGACAGCUGGAUGCAAUAGUUGAGCAGUGUCGAUUCUGGACGGGACAACCCAUGACGGACAUCUUCAGGCCCACGCAGCCUCUGGAUGGCAGAGUUGUGUACCGGUCCGAGGCGAGUGCAGCUCUGACGAGCGCGGUCCUCCUUUGGCUCAGUGCUUUCUCAGUUGUGCUCGGGACGACGUGUCCGAUACACUGACCCGGCACAUGAAGACACAGGAUGUAAAUGACAAAAGCUACUGUAUGUAUAAAGGCAACUUUUACCUGUGUGAUAGUUAGUCAUGAGAAGAAUGUCACCUGCAUUGGCACAUGAAUUACAGCUAAGUUAUUGUGCAAAGGGAAAGUAAACUGUCCACCUCUGGUGUUUAGCCUUUACCUCGUUAGGCCUUUCAGUUUCCUUAUUUUUGUCGUCAUUAGGAGUCAAUAUUUUAAAUUUGCACACUCAACUAAAAUCUGCUUUUCCUUAAAUGUGUUUUAGAGUAAGAUAGAAGUGUAGAAUUAGGGCUUUACAAGUCAGUUUAUUCUUUCUGAGUUACAAGCUCUGGGACUGUUUAAUUUACUACUUCUUCUUUGCUUGACAUGCGUAUGGUUCUCUUCACUGUUAGAUAAUUAAAUGUAGCAGAUUAGAGGAUGAAGGCAUUUCAAAUGUACUGUACACUUGCUUAUGUUUGGAACAAACUAUUGAGUUAUAAAUCUACAUAAAUGCCUGUAAUUCUCAGCCAGCAUAACGACUCCUGCUUAUGACUCUUACUAAGUGCUGAAUGCAAAGCAUUUUUACAGAAUGUUUCUGUACAAACACCGUGAAAUGUUUUGCACUUUUGCCUAAAACUUAAAUAGAACCUAUUAAACUAAAUCUGCUUUGCCUCACCACAACAUGCUUUGUGUGGAGCUCAUCAGGUGAGUUUUAUUACAUUAACUGUAAAUUGACAGUGAUAGUAUGUAGGUUACCAUUAAAUUAACCAAACCACACCUAUUUCUGCUGUUAUAUCUUUGGGCAGACGGAUCACUGAAACCAUUGUCAUGACUUUCACUAGUUAACAGGAGCCUAUCUGUGGGAUUAAGCAGCAUCCUGAGUCUGUGUGGAAAUCAGUUGCUUCAAUGGAUCAACCUGUAACACACUGCUAGUUUGAGUAACAUUUAUUUAUUGUCGGGUCCAUGAUCAACUGAACAUCAUAGCUACUAAAAAAGAAGAGAGGAGACAAUUGAAAGGCAACAUGGUUCUCAAGUCAAAAAUAAUCUAUUUGACCUCAAUCUGACAUUUCCUAAUAAUCUAAAUUGUGGCAGUAAACGUGAUUCAAAACACCGAAGUGAGAUUGGGUCGAGGUCACUGUGUGUGCUUCUGAAGCCAGGUCCUCAGGUGUUCUACCUGUGCAGUAACACUACUCUUGGCUGUUCCUCCGGGGGCGCUGUACUGCUCCACACUGCUCAUGUAGUCCCACACCGAGGACACGUCACUUCCAAACAGAGGGCUGCGAUAAAAGAGAGGGCCAAUGUGAGAAAAUCUAAGUGGCUGUUGUAGAAAAUCCUGUUCCAUUAAACAAUGGGUGUUAUUCUUUCUGCUUUUGUGUGUGAGAAUGAGAAGAAGAGAGUCACCUCACAGCACUCAGG